AUGGAGCCAUCCGAGCGCGAUUCGCAACCCCCGCCUGAGGAACCCGUGAACUCCAUCGAGGAUGAUGGCGCGGGAGGCGCAAUCACCGACGCGCAAUGGAAGGCGAUGAUGGACGUGGUGAUGGUAAUUUACGAUUUUCGGGAAGAAGAUGGCCACGACCCGUCGCGAUUGUUCCAUCGUAGUGUCAAUAAGCGCAACGUUCCGGACUACUAUGACAUUAUCAAGGAGCCAAUGGCGCUCAGUAUCUUGAAACAAAGAAUCAACAAGCGAGAAUACAAGCAGUUUGCGGACUUUAUCCGCGACUGUGCCUUGAUUUGGCACAACGCGCAGACAUACAACAGACCCAGGUCGCAAGCCUACGAGGAUGCGCUCGUCAUCAAGGAUGUUUUCAUUGCCGAGUUCAAGAACCUGGCCGAUCGGGGGGUGAUCUCUGCCGAACAGGCUGAGCUUCCCGACCUAGGAGAGAUUCCAGAGGCCGAUCCCCUGCCCGAUGAAGAGGAGGAAGAGGAGGAGGAAGAUGAAGAUGAAGAAGAGGAUUCGGAGGAUGAGGGUCGGCGGAGGAAGAAGCCUGGCCCUAAACCGGGUUUCAAGCGGGGCAUGGCUGCGAAGCAAGAGCCGGACCUUCGGAAGAAACGAGGUCGGCCUCCGCGCGUGGACACCCCCAUGGAAACGCGCAUCAAGACGAUUCUGAAGGGCAUCCGGAAGUUCAAAGGACCCGGAGGUCAUUUAAAAAUUACCCACUUUGAAAGGCUCCCCGAUAAAUCAGCUUAUCCAGACUACUACAUGGAGAUCAAGGAGCCGAUCGCCAUUGACAUCAUCAAGCGCAAGUCUAAGCGCAAGAAGUACAACUCGGUUGACCACUUCAUGCGAGACCUCGAUCUCAUGUUCGAAAACGCCAAGACUUACAAUCAGUCGGACAGUCAGAUCUACAAGGAUGCCGUUGACCUGCAAAAUGAAUCGCGGAAGCUGGCAGAGCAAGAGAAGAAGAAACCCGACAGCGAAUAUCUGAUGGAAGAUGGCCGUUUCCCGCUGCCGGAUGGGAUAUUGCACCGGGGCGAGCUGUGGAAGGUCGGGGACUGGGUUCAUAUCCAAAACCCCAAUGACGUGACCAAGCCUAUCGUCGCGCAGAUUUAUCGGACCUGGCAGGACUCCGAGGGAGAGAAAUGGGUCAACGCCUGCUGGUACUACCGCCCCGAGCAGACGGUCCAUCACUUCGAGAAGCACUUCUAUCCCAACGAAGUCGUUAAAACCGGGCAAUAUCGAGACCAUCGGAUCGACGAAAUCGUUGACCGUUGCUUUGUCAUGUUCUUCACCCGCUACAGCCGAGGUCGCCCCAGAGAUCUGGCACCAGAAAAGGAGAUCUAUGUCUGCGAGGCGCGUUACAACGAAGAGAAACACAAGCUGAACAAGAUCAAGACAUGGGCCAGCUGCCUCCCGGACGAGGUGCGAGAGAAGGAUUAUGAGAUGGACCUCUUCGAUGUGGCUCGCAAGAUCAAGAAAGUCCCCAGCCCGAUCAAGCACCUCCUCAAGGAGGAUGCCAAGGAGACUGAUGACCUACCCAAGCCAACUUGGGGAGCAGAAAAUGCGCCGCCGGUGGUGGGCGCGGUGCAUCGUCGCCCGCGAGAUGAGAACGAGUCUCCUCCGCCAGAGCCCACUCCAUCCCCGCCCCCUCCCUCGUUGCCCCAGCCCACUAUUGCAUCUGCCGCGCCGCGCCAAUCCAUGGGCCAAGUACUUCCACGUCCCGGCAUGGGCAGCCCGGGCAGUGCUGCUGCACCGGGAGUCCCCCCAUUGCAGGCUCGCUCGCCCGUGGCACCAGUGGCUGCUCAGACGUCACCGGCACCCGUUCCAUCGCCGGCUUUCCAGUCUCAAAUGGCCUCGGCGCAGAUGUAUCAAGCUUCCCUCCCGCGCCGUCCGAGCAACUUCGCACCGCAGACGCCGGUUGGUGCGUACCAGGCCUCGCCAGCGUAUUCGGCAGCGCAGCCAUCACCAUACGCCCCGUACUCCACGAACCGCCUGAAUGCUUCACAGCCAGCGUACAACCCCAAUGCGCCCCGUACGGUUGAAGUCUUCCAUCUCAGCGAUGCAGCCAACGCGACGAUCCCCGCAGAUGUCCGAGACCAGUUCCACUGCGAUGACCGAGGUCGUGUUCUUUUCUUCUCUGCCCCGCCGUUGGACAUUAUCCCUGCGACCCAGCAGAAGCUGGGCCAUUCUCUCAAGUAUCUGGCGACCAAAGAGGAACGCCAGAAGAAGGUUGAGGAGCGGAAGCGAAAAGUGGCCGAGGACAGGAAAGAUCGGGAAGACGCCGCCAAGCGCCGGCGCGCAGAUGAAGAGACGGCUCUUGCCAGUCGAGUUGAAGCCCUCGCCGGCAAGGCGGUGGAGGCAAUGGUGCACCAAAUCGUUGACGGCACAGAUCAGUUGUACCGGGCAUUGUACCACGACCAGGCGGACAAGGUCAGGAAUGCGGAUAUCAAGACCCAGGAACGCCGGGUUCAGGCGGAUCGUUUGGUCCAGGGACAAAUCUCGCGGAUUCAGGCUCAAUCCACAGGAGAUGAGUUUGUGGAUCUGAAGAGCAGUGCCAUGUACCUGGGUGACAUCUAG